UGGAUCAAAAAAAGGUGGGGAGGGUCUUGGAAUCACCUUACAGUGCGCAUGAAGGUCAAAGAAUCAGGAGGGACCUAGUUCUAUUCCAAGUGCAGCUGAAGCUCCCGUUAAUACUCAAAAAAAUAUCAAACAGAUAAAAUAAUUGUCAAGAUGGUGAGGAAAUUUUUCGUGGGUGGCAACUGGAAGAUGAAUGGAACGAAGAAGGAGAUUGAUGAAAUUGUCGCAUUCCUCAAAGCCGGCCCACUCGACCCCAAUGUCGAGGUUGUCGUUGGUGUUCCGGCGAUCUACCUUCCCUACACAAAGAGCAUCCUCCCACCGACAAUAGCAACCAGCGCCCAGAACUGUUACAAAGUUCCCAAGGGGGCCUUCACCGGUGAAAUCAGCCCAGCUAUGCUGGUGGACAACCAGAUCCCCUGGGUGAUCAUCGGACACUCCGAGAGGAGGAACGUCUUCGGGGAGAGUGAUGAACUCACUGCUGAGAAGGUUGCACAUGCUCUCGAAGCAGGUGUCAAGGUAAUCGCAUGUAUCGGUGAGAAACUCGAGGAACGCGAGGCUGGAAAAACCGAGGAGGUGGUCUACCGUCAGACCAAGGCCAUCGCCGACAAGAUUAAGUCCUGGGACAAUGUUGUCCUGGCUUACGAGCCAGUUUGGGCCAUUGGAACGGGAAAAACUGCGACCCCUCAGCAGGCCCAGGAGGUUCACGACCAGUUGCGAGCCUGGUUCGCCAAGAACGUCAGCCCAGCAGUCUCCGAGUCCCUCAGGAUCAUCUACGGGGGGUCGGUGACAGCUGGAAAUGCCAAGGACCUCGCCAAGGAGAAGGACAUCGAUGGCUUCCUGGUUGGAGGGGCUUCUCUCAAGCCCGACUUCGUGCAAAUCGUCAAUGCCAAGCAAUAAUUGAGGGGAUUAUUGAGCUCUGGUUCAAUUUGACUUGAGUCCAGAGGGGAGAAGUCAUCAGGACAAUAGGACCAUUCGAGAUAACAAUAAUACUUGUAAAAAUCAGUGGUGGAGUGGUAGAACGAUUUUUUCAGUUUAGUUAAUUGCGGGUUUAUCUCGGUAACAACUGGACUUAGAGGAAAAUUUGAGAGGACUUUUUUGAUGGAAAUCUUCUCAGCUACGAAAAAGGUUUAUACGAGUUUUUCUCUAAAACCAUUCGCUGUCGAGAUAAUUACGUAAAUAACGAAAGUGUUUUGUGGAUAAGAUUCAACAUCGAAUUUUUGCUUUCUUAAAUAGUCGAUUAUCUCGUUACCAAGUAGUUCUAUGAAGAAAUGUCAAAAGGGAUUUUUCGUAGAGAAUUUCAAUAGCUACAAAAAAGGUCCUCAAAUAUUUUCUCCUAAAUCCACUCAUUCUCAAGAUAAUCCCACAAUCAACAAAACAGUCGAAUCUGACUCGUGAAAGAAAUUCAAUUACGCAUAACUCGAGAUCGGCAGAGUGAAUUUCAACGAGUUUUGAGUCAAUCCCAAGAUAUUUUCACAAGCUUGAAAAUGAGCUUUGACUCAUCCAAAUCGCAUCAUCCAGUCGCUAGAUAUUUAAAAAAAUCUAAAAACCAAUUUUCACCACUUCCUCACUGAAUUCGCAUUCAUCGUUUCCUGGACAUGUUCACGUGAAGAAAAAGUCUAUUCAUUGUUGGCUGUUGAUAAUGUAUAUUCAAAUGUCAUUUAAUUAUGGACAUUACACAUUAUGUGCUGACUCAAUAAAACCUAAUGCACAGAUUGUA